CGGUCGGACGCGUUAGAAAAGGAUGAGCUUCGCCGUGGUUCCCUUCUUCGACUCCGCUGCCCACAGCCUCCUCCACCUCCCCGAGACCCUGGAGAAGAUCUCCUGCUUACCUCCUUCAGCGCGGCGGCACGACGACGACGACGAGGAGAGAAGCCUCGUUACCGCCGUCGACAUUCUCGAGACCGCCAAGGAGUACACUUUCAUCAUGGACGUGCCCGGCCUCUCCAAGGCCAACGUCCAGGUGACGCUAGAGGAGGACGGUAAGUCACUGGUGAUCCGCGGCGGCGGCAAGAGGAAGAGGGACGAAGAGGAGGGAUGCCGGUACCUCCGAUUGGAGAGGCGAGGUCCCACCAAGUUCUGCCGGAGAUUCCGUAUGCCCGAAGACUCCAACUCUGCGGCCAUCUCGGCCAAGUGUGAAAACGGUGUGCUAACCGUUGUAGUCGGGAAGUUGCCGCCGCCGGAGCCCAAGAAGAAGAGCGUGCGAGUGAGCGUAGCUUGAGUCUCGUGUCGAUCGAGUGGAAUAUAAAUGAGGUAGGAAAUCCGGACGUUGCAGUUUAAUUUCGGUUGUAACCUGUAAAUUAGAAAAAUGUGUGAAUGAAACCCGUUUUAUCUCUUGCAAAAAAAAAAAAAAAAAAAUCAUCAUAGAGUUAAAUGCUCUUUAGGAAAUCUUUUUUAAAGAUGUCUUUUUGAGAAUUUUAGGUCUUCUUAUUUUAUUAAUAAAUGGCUAUUUUUUAUGGUGCUCA